GGCUGAUACGGAUAUGAAGAUACACAUGUGUCCCAUUCCUACAAAUAAUGCUUUUUCGUUGGGGGUCAAGGUUCAAAGUUCUGUAGAUUAAGAGGACCUCUUGCAGUUUUGUGCUAAGAGAAGUGUUGAAAUUAUCCAUUUUGGCGGUAACGUAAGAUUCACUGUCACUAUUGGUCUUAGCAUAUUGUUAUUAUACAGUUAUUCUUGCAUGAUAGAGUCAAAUGCCAUCAAGCGUCAAUACCGCAAGCAAGGGACAGCCGGAUGAAGCUGCGGUCGAGAUAGUAUGCAAUUAUAUGCUGCAGCAAAAUCGACCUUAUAGUGCUGUUGAUGUGUGGAAUAAUCUCCGACAGGAAUAUCCCAAAGCUCAGAUAAUCAAAUGCUUGGAUAUUGGGGUGGAACGAGGAACGCUACGCGAGAAACUUAUUUCGAAACAGAAGAUCUACUUCAUUGAUCAGAGAAAAACUGAAAAGUGUAGCGAAGAAGAGCUCCAGGUAAUGAACGGAUCUAUUAUCGAAAAGAAGAAUCGCUUGAAUGAACUUAGCAAUGCGAUAAAGAUCGCAAAAAGUGAGUUGAAAGAGUGUAGAUGUGCAAUGAGCAUAGAAGAGAUGACUGCAUUACAGGCGACUUUGAAAGCACAGAUAAAGGAAAUGGAGGAGCGUAUCAGCGGCAUGGUUACUUAUGAAAAGGACGAAAUUGUAAAUGAGAAUAGAAAGUCGGAACUUGUCGCAAAACAAGAAUCUUAUAGGAGGUGCUGCAAGGGACGGAAGCGAAUUGCAGACAGGAUUGUUGAUGCAGUAUGUGAAAAUAUCAAUGCUUCGAAAAAGGAAUUAAUGGAAGAUAUGGGUUUCGAACUUGACUGAAUACUUACUUCAAUUACCUCAUGCGUCACUCUUUAAAUUAUCAAAUGCCCAAUAUUUCUCAAUCAAUGAAUAAAUCAGGAAAAUUUCACUCUCUGCUGUUCUAUGUUUACUGUUUCGGAUUUAAAUGUUGUUUUGACCGCUCUAUUUUCUGUUUUCCGCAGUUUGAAUUAAGAUCUCAAAAGAACAUAUAAUAAAACUUGCCUUUUGAUUGUUAGAAGAUGUCCAUUUCCUGUUUUUCCAUGUUGUACCUUUAUUGUUUUCAAUGAAUCCUUG